AAAUAGUACUGCAGUGUUUCAGCUCUAGUACUUUAGUACGAUCAAUUAAAAGAACCAAAGCAAUGGCUUGGCAAAAUAGGUUUAGUGGUGCAAAGCUUGCCGAAAUGAAGAACGCAUUUUCUCUCUUUGAUCGGGAUGGGGAUGGUACGAUCUCUACUAAGGAGCUGGCCUCUGUGUUUAAAAGCUUGGGUGCUCAAGCCUCUGAACAACAACUGCAGGCAAUGAUUAGAGCAGCUGAUACUGAUGGAAGCGGAACUGUGGAGUUUAAUGAGUUUAUGGAACUUAUGGCUGAUACUAUGGAGGUUACUGAAGAAGAGAUGAUGGAAUCCUUUAAACUUUUUGACAGAGAUGGUUCCGGUACCAUUAAUCAUAAUGAAAUCAAGUUGCUGACAAGGACGGGGAUGGGGACGUGA